GGUUCUGAUGUUUUCACAAAGUGUUGCUCUAAUAUCUACAAACAUUAUGAGUCAGAAUCAGAUGAAUUUAUAGCAGGACAAACAGCCAAUCAGACGAUUUCCCUCGUCUCAGUGGUAAAAUCUUGUUUCUGUUUGAAGCUUUUCAUAAAUUUCACCAAAGAAAUUUAAAUAAAUAGUUUUUUUCUGUGAGGUAAAUAAUUGAAAAUGCAAUCUAAAAUGGAUCUGGUGAAUUUUUUAAUUCAAGCUCGUUUUUUGAAUCCAGUUGAAUGAUAAAUGUUCUGUAAAAGUUCUGUACGUUUAAAAUGCAGCAGAUUGAAACCGUCUGGGUUCUCUGACUUCCCCUCAGUUCAAAUCCUGCAGAUCUUCUGGUUCUGUUUGUCCUGAGUUGGAUUAUCAGACUGUGAUCCUGAAGUUCACCCCACACAGGAUUCAUUUAGUGAGUCUUUUAUUCCAGGGUUUGGGUCGGUACCAGUUUUCCUCCCUCUGACCUCACAGGACGGGAUGUUCAGGGAAUUUUUAACGAUUUAUCAGAUUUCUGUGGCAGCGAUGGGAAAAACUGAAUAAUAAAAAAUCAGCUGAGCUUUUUGAGUGGACACCUGAGGUACCAGGAAAUGUUCUGGUUCUGGACUCUGGACCUGCGGAGACCGUCCCCGUGUCUGCAGGUAAACAGAGCAGAGAAGUGGAGGUCAGAGGCUGGUUUUGUAAAAAGAGGGUGGAGGAGAGAUGGAGCGAUAAGAACCAUAGUCUCUUCUUUCGCCUGGGAAUGUUUGGCGUUUCAUGAGGACGGCAGAGAGCCAAGUUCUUCCUCCGGCGCUGGACAAUGAGGACACGCCCGGCCCGUCCUCAGCCUUUUGUCUCUGGGCCCAACAGGUGAGACAGAACCUGAAAGCUGUUUUGUUCUGGGCGACGCUUAUAAAUGCAUCAAAGCUGCGUUCAUGCAGCUCAUCUUCCGAAACGGCCUGCAGGAGACGAGGAUGUCCAGCUCAUACAGGGAGAUGCUGCCCAGCGUUCUGGGACUCUUCGUCCUGUUCUCCACCUGUUCCGCCAUGUUGGUCCCCAACAUGACCAGGAACCUGGUCCAAACAGGACAGCCACCAGAAGAAGAAGGCUCCUCAUACGACCCCAACACCUCACGCUGGCCUGAAACCGGCCUGAACCACUCUUCGGUUCCGGACCCUCAGUGGCCGUUGCAGACCCGCAGCGGGCCCCUGUGGCCCCCCGGCGAGAACAUGACCAACUACGCUAACGGGCUGCGGAUGCUGCCCACCGGCUCGCCUCUGGUCCCGGAACCCGACACGUCCAUCUGUGACAUUCUGUUCAGCCAGCCGGUACCGCCGUCCAUCGACCAGAUCCCCUUCUUCUGCGUCUGCUCCUACUGCAAAGGGACCGUGGGGCCCAAAGGAGACCGUGGAGACCGGGGGUCCCCAGGUGAACCUGGAAGUCCUGGAAUGAGAGGGAUGAUGGGAUUCAAAGGCUACCGAGGAUUCACGGGCCCCCAGGGCUUAAAGGGUCAGAAAGGAGACUCAGGAGAGAAAGGUCAGAGCGGUCCAGCUGGAUUCACCGGGACGAAGGGCGAUCGAGGAUUCAAAGGGGAGAAAGGAGACCAGGGCCUGAGCGGACCUCCAGGUUCUCAGGGGCCCCAGGGAGAGAUGGGCUCCUGCCCCGCCUCCUGCGAGAGUGCCCCAGGUGCACCGGGUCUGCCGGGGCCCCCGGGGCCAGUCGGGGCCCGGGGCCUGCCCGGGGUGCAGGGCAUUGUGGGAGCUACGGGUGUGAAGGGCGAUAAGGGAGACACAGGAGUGGCAGGGAAUCCCGGUGUGAAUGGUCAGAAGGGAGAUCAGGGUGAACAGGGGAUCUGUGAAUGCACCGACGGGGCGGACGGCGCCAACGGGGCCCCAGGGGAAAAGGGCAGCAAAGGAGACAAAGGUGAUUCUGGUUUACAAGGCAUUCAGGGCCCCACGGGUUUGAAGGGAGAUCAGGGUAACAUGGGUAUCAUGGGUCCCCCCGGGCCCUGCUCCCCGGCCAUCCAAUCUGCUUUCUCUGCAAGCAUCAACCAGUCGUUCCCAGCUGCCAACUGGCCGGUUUCGUUCCCUGACAUCCUGACCAACGAGCAGGGCCACUUCGACCCGAACAUGGGCAUCUACACGGCGCCCAUCAACGGCACCUACAUUUUCUCCUUCCACCUGGCGACCAAUCAGAAGCCGCUGAAGGUCGGCCUGUUCCGAAACUUCUACCCGGUUGCCAGGGUAACGGAGGCGUCGAGCCAGACCACCGCCAGCCACACGGUCGUCCUGCACAUGAGCAGAUACGACCAGGUGUGGCUGCAGGUGAAGGACUCGCUGACCAACGGCAUGUUCACCGACAGCGAAAGCAAAAGCACGUUCUCCGGUUUCCUGCUGCACCCCGACUCCUGCGACAUGCCGCUGGGCAGGGACAUCAGGCCUCCGCCGCCCUCUGGUGGCUUCUCCUGGGACGGGCAUGGUGGCCAUCCCACCACUUCACCGCCUUCAGGUGUUUAACAGUCUGCAAUAAAUCACAUUUAAAACACGACUUUAUGGUCAUUUCAUCUCCUGGGUACAGUUCUAAUACCAUCCACACUGAUUUAUCAACUAACUAAGCAAAAAAUAGCAAAAUAUCACAUUGAUGUUUUGAAUAAAGAACCAACAUUUUAACGGCUGAUAUGUUGGAAUUAGCAGCUGAUCAGGAGUGUUUAUUGUCUGGUCUCUUUAGGAAGCCGGGGUAUGAAUAGAUAUGAGCUUUACUGAGUCACAGGUGGAUGAAGAGAAAACAUGUUUGAAUGAAAGUCAAAAUAAUCUGAUUGUAAACCAGCUUGUGUUCUUUUUAUGACUGAUAAAUCCAAGAUGUUUCUGAGAUGAAGAAACGAUUAAAACAAAUUCUCCUCCUUUGAAACGUCCAGAAAAACUCACUUCUGAUUCAACACUGCGUCUGACCUCUGACCUCUGACCUCUGCUGGAGAAGCUCAGCUUUACUCCAACAUGAAAUAUUUCCAAAACACUUUGCAGCAGUAGAGUUGAUUUGCUUUUAAUUAUUAAUAUCAGCUUAUUUUCUUAGGAAUAUUAUCAGUUUGCUUUUUAAAAUGAUGCAUGAAUAAAAGCAGAGCAGAAGUUUCCACGUUGUUUUUCAGACAAUAACUAAAGUGUGUCUUGUAAAUUUGUGUUAUGUUUAUGGAUAGAUUCAUGUCAUUUUGAAUAAAUCUCCAGUUUUGGAAAGACAACCGUCUCGUUUUACGCUCCGUGUUCGGAGACAAACACCAAACCGGUUGGAAAACUGGAGAUUUUUUCAUUUGACUCAAACUCACUGAUCAGCAGUUUGAGACUCUUGUUGCAGAGAUUCAUGACAGUUUCCAGGUGAAUAAAUCUGAGGAAUGUGUGGAUAACUGAAGUAAAAGAGAUGAAAACAGAA